UAUCGCAACGAGGGUCGAAGCGGGCAAACUUUUCCGACGUGACGAUUAUAUUGUUUGAAUUUCCAAGUGCAGUGAAUAUUUUAACGUUUAUUAGGGAUGUUAUGUCUUUUGUUUUAUAGAUAAUUUUGUGUUAUUUAUUUAAAUAAUGUGAUCCUAAAGUCAGUUAUGGAACAUGAUGGUUUUUAUGAAGCGUUUUUCUUAAAUGACUCCGAAAGGUUUUUGUGUAUAAAUGGAAGUGAAGCUUUGGACUCUACUUUUAGUUGUAUAUAUACAAUUGGCAACUUAUGUAAAUGGAAAUACGGGAAAAGAUUUCCAUCAACAAGAUGACAAUGGACCAAAAAUUAACGUCAAGGACAGUAUAAAUCGGAAGCCUCUAGAACUUUCAAAUCCAAACAAUGAGGCGAGAGAUUAUUUCUUAUCACCAGUAUUCCCGAACAAUGAUGAAACUGAUGAAGAAGAUGAGGAUGAUGAACAUUCGUACUUAGAUUAUGAUUAUAAAGAUGCGAAUUACAAAGACACGUCAGAGGUCGCUGCUAACCCACAAGAUGUUUUACCCGUUGAUGACAAAAUACCUCUACAUACGACCAAAGACAAUCUUCCCAUUUUUCUGUUAGAACCCGAGAAUACUUAUGUCGUUAAAAAUAAAGCAGCCACGUUGAAAUGUCGCGCCGCCAAUGCUUUAGAUGUAUACUUUAAAUGUAACGGUGAGAAAACUCAAGCUGUGAACUUCGAGUUCGUUGACCCACAAACGGGGGUAAGGAUCAUCGAGGGUGAACACGAGGUGACGAGGGAGCAGGUCGAAGAGUACUUCGGUAGUGAGAAGUACCAGUGCUCCUGUUUCGCGUGGACCAGUCAGGGUCAAAUCAGGAGUCAGCCUGCCACCAUAGAACUAGCUUAUAUAAAGAAACAUUUCUCAGUAUCACCGCAAUCACAAUUGGUGAAGCAAUACUCAUCAGUAACAUUCCGCUGUGAGCCGCCACCUGCAGCACCAUUCGCCCAACUAUAUUGGCUUAAAAACGGUGCCCCGGUGGUCGUAGAUGACAAUGUUCAAAUCAAAGAAGGUGAAUUGGUCAUCAAACAAGCAUCUCUAUUGGAUAUGGCGAACUACACCUGCGUCGCCGAAAAUUUAGCCGGGAAACGAAUGUCGGAGCCCGCGUUAUUAACAGUUUUCGUAAACGGUGGGUGGACAGCAUGGUCUACUUGGACUGACUGCUACUGCUCAGGGCAGGGGGGGCGUGAGAGCCGCGAGGGGCGCGCGGGGCGCCGGCGGGAGAGGAGCUGCACCGCACCACGACCUCUCAACGGAGGACAGCCUUGUAUCGGACCCAGUGUGCAGAAGACACAGGAUUGCAUUGAUUGUGAUUUAGAUGUUUACGUCGAUGGACUGGACGAGUUAGCUGACGAAUCUUCCGACAUUGUACUUGGACGAUGGUCACAAUGGUCGGAAUGGUCAAGAUGUGAUACAGACUGUCUCCAGACUAGACGACGUCGGUGUCUGACCACCACAGCCUGCUUGGGGAAGGAUUAUCAAGUAGCACAAUGCACACAUUGCGUUAGAACUUCUAAAUCUGAAAUCAUCACUGACGCGUCAUCGUACUGGCCGUUAUUCAUAGCAUUGUCUAUUGCAUUUCUUAUAUUCAUAAUCGUUGUUGUAUUGGGUAUAAAAUAUAUGAAGUUUAAAAUUACGGAGAAUUCGCCAUACGUCAAACCACCUCCAGGUACACAAUAUUUUGGUAGCGUUCUAAAAAGGACGCUGACCAAUCAACCGGAUCUGACUAUACAUGAAGAGUUUCAUACAUUAGACUCUAGACGAACUCGCCGACAUACAAGUGCUUCAAGUAAUCCACGCAAUGAACAUUUGUAUGAAGUCCCGCAGUUAGCCAAUAGCUAUAUCUCGCCAAUCGAUCACGAGGUAAGAACCGAGCGUACAGCCAGCGAAAGGAAUUACGCUUGCAAGGAUAACGUGGAGUCAGAUCGAUCUGAUUCCAGCUGCUUUUUGAGCUCCGGUUCAUCGUAUGGUAAUGAGAGUAUAGAAAUGUCACCAUCUUUAAAAAACAACGCAUCAGUCGAUUCUAAAUAUCUCGGUAUAAACUAUUUGGAAACAGCAACAUCUAAAAUGAUCGCAAGUGAUGGAGAUUGGUUGAAUUUAGAGAAAUGUGGUGUCAGCUUAUUUGUUCCUGAUGGUGUCGUCGAUAAGGGGGAAGAAUUAUUCUCUUUAGAAGUUACUGAUGAAGAAUGGAAUCGACCAAUACUACAAGAAGGCGAGAUACAACUUAGUCCAGUUAUAAGAUGCUGCCCCAAGAAUUUCCACUUCCGCAAGGGCGUCAUCUUGUCGUUCCCGCACUGCGCCGCCCUCAAGAACACCAGCUGGCUGCUAUCGAUCCUGCAGCGGCCCGAAGACACCAACUCCAGGGAGUGGAGGAAAGUUUUGACGCUCGGCCAAGAGACACCCGGCAGCCCGAUAUUCGCACAAGUCGACCCCACCAAAGUUUACUUAGUAUGCGAAUUCUUGACUGACUUCGUUAUGGUCGGGCAAAGUUUCAACGGACUGGACGCGAAGUUGCUCAGGGUCGGACUCUUCAUUGCUAAACGAAGUGACGAUAGUUUUUAUAAUUUGAACGUUCACGUGUUUAACGAUACUCCGUUCGCGUUCUACGAUUGCGUUGAGACUGAAAGACGAUCUGGUGGUUACUUGCUCUGUGAACCGAAGACUGUACACUUCCAAGAGAACGCUUCCGAUCUUUGUUUAAACAUCAGAGAUGUCGGCGUCGGAUGGAAGAUACAGACAGGGGGGACGUAUCAGGAAAUCUCGUACACACACAUUUGGAAUAUGACUGUACAUUCAUUGCAUUCAAUGUUCGUUUUACAACAACUAGAUUCAAUAAACUGUUUGGAAUUGAGUAUAUCGAUUUACCAGAAACAAAAACAAUCGAAUUCGGUCAAUUUCAAUCUUAAAACGAACGAUUUGAAUUCUAAUUUCUAUAGCAGUAAGCGUUAUAGCUACUCCGGCUUAGAGAAUGGGUAUACCGUUAAUAUAGUAGAGAAUCCCUUUAAUUACUCAUCGCUGUCUAAGAAGGAAGGUCGUUAUGAUUUUGUUUACAAAAACAACAAUGCUUUAAGAAACAAUUUUCAUUCUGACAAUAAUUUUUAUAGAUGUAACGUGCUGACUAAAUCUGAUAGAGUUAUAUUGUGUAAGCUUCUUGAUACGCAAUCGUCGAAGGGCAACGACUGGAGAUUGUUGGCUGAGAAAUUGAAGAUCACUUCGUAUUAUUACUAUUUCUCUAAUACUUGUUCUCCGACUGAGAAUAUCCUAAAUUUAUGGAUGUGCAGAAACAACGAUGUUAAUAUGCUUGUCAAUUUAUCGAGAAUCUUUAGAGAAAUGUCUAGAAUCGAUUGCGCUACUGUUGUUGAAAGGCGUUGUUUUACUAAUUAAAGAUUUUUAAUUUUUAUUU